CGCUAAGAGCUUCCCAAAGCGUGCUUAUGUAAACACCAUGCUCAUGUCCGUUAAAUAUUGACAUACUGCUGCACUAAUUAGUAUGUUAAAAUAGUACAUGUGAGUUGAACUUUGGCUUAUUAGGUGGUUGGGUAAAAGUUCACAGUUUUAUUCUGACAACACGUUUGGACAGUAGGAUCAGGACAUGGCUGAAGAGGUGGAUAUUGUAGUAGUGGGCUCCUGUAUGACGGAUCUGGUCAGCCAGGCACCUCGACUGCCCAAAGCUGGAGAGACAAUACAUGGACGCAAGUUCUUUAUCGGCUUCGGUGGCAAAGGAGCAAACCAGUGUGUCCAGGCUGCUCGCCUUGGAGCCAAGACUGCGAUGGUGUGCAAGGUUGGAAAAGAUUUUUUCGGGACCAGCUAUAUUCAGAAUUUCAAAGUCAACGCCAUAUGCACAGAUUUUGUGACUCAGGCAGCUGAAGCCAUGACCGGAGCCGCCUCCAUCAUCGUAAACGAUGCAGGUGAGAACGCCAUAGUGAUUGUAGCAGGUGCCAACAUGCUGCUGGGGGAAGAGGAGCUCGAGCAAGCACGCUCUACCCUGGCUAAAGCCAAAGUGCUGCUCUGCCAGCUGGAGAUCAGCUCACACAUCUCACUACAGGCCCUGCGAAUGGCCCGACAGAGCAAUGUGAAGACCAUCUUUAACCCUGCCCCUGCUAUUGCAGACCUCCACACUGACUUCUACAAGGAAUCAGAUGUUUUCUGCUGCAAUGAGUCUGAGGCUGAGUUGCUAACGGAGGCUCGUGUAGCGUCAGUGGAUGACGCAGGACGUGCAGGUCAGGAGCUGCUGAAACGAGGUUGUGCUGCAGUCAUCAUCACUAUGGGUUCAGAAGGCUGUGUGGUGCUGCAGGCCUCGAACCCGAAUCCCAAACACAUCCCUACAGCUAAGGUCACCUCAGUGGACACUACGGGUGCUGGCGACAGCUUCAUGGGUGCACUGGCCUUCUACAUGGCCCACUAUCCGUCUAUGCCUCUGGAGGAGAUGAGCAGGAGAGCAAACCUGGUAGCUGCAGUGUCUGUGCAGAGCAUCGGCACUCAAACAUCUUAUCCAUUCAAGAAGGACCUGGCAGCAGAACUGUUUUAACCCCCCCUUAAUACAGUGUCUUCUUUCUAUAGGAAUAAACUCUUACCUCAACCACUACAUCGACUGAAAGAAUUGUGUCUGAUAUGCUACAGGAUUUUUUUUAGAAUGUUAAAUACUGUACAUAGAUUUAUACCACAAUUUUAAUUCUCAAAUCUGAUUGGUCAGAAGGUGUGCAUUAUUUCUGCAUGGCAUGGCUUGGACAAUAGUUCCAGCUGAAACAUGAACAAUAGGUUUAUAUUGAUGCGCUCAUUCUAAUACGUUAUUGUUUCUGUAUUAACAGAUCAUACACGGGGACCGGUAUUGUGGACAUUCAGACUAAUAAUAAACUAAUAAAAAAAUGUGUUAUUUAAAAAAAACACAAAAAAAAAGUAAAAUCAUUGAUGUGAUUUUUUUUUAGGAGACAUUUAUGGAAGGACUCUCGGAUGUCAGGGCUUUGUAACAGUCACGGUGCUUUGUACAGCUUCCCAGCAUGCAAAAGUCUUCAGGACAGAGGAGAGAGAGAGAGAGAGAGAGAGAGGGGGGCUAGUGAGGGAACAACUGAUUAUCUUGUCUAUUAUAAUAAUAAGUGAUUAACAGGGACUCUCAGAUGUUCCACAACAUUACAACUAUGAACUGGUAAAAUGAGCGAUGAGUUAUUCAUUAAUAAACUCGAUAUUGUAAUCUUUGGCAAAUCACCGUGGUAUAAGUGGAAUAAAACACUCCAGAUUGUGUUAUACAAAAAUAAUCCACUUCAGGGUAGCAUGACACCACCCCGGUGUGGAUUAUUUUCAUAUAACUGCACAGUCUGUCUUGUGUUAUUCUGUCUUGUGUUAUUAUGUAUGGGGGUUGUUGGACCAAUGUGUUAGACCCAAAGGUGUUUGAUUAAGAUGAGAAAUGGUGACUGUGAAGGUCAUAGCAUAUGAUUUACAUCACACUAUUCAGUGAGCCCUCAUGCACUGCUGAUGGGGACGGAGUCAUCCUGGAAGAGUCCACUCCCAUUCCAACGUUUUAUUGUAGGAUAAAGGCGAGCAGUCGGAAGAACUCUGCAUUCAUUUCCAGUGACUGUUCCCUCUAAGGGGUAAAAUAAAUGACCCCUGAGUCUAACAGAACCACUGGGCUUUCCUUUAAUUUGUUGCCCAUGAAAUGUUCCCCAUGAAAACUAUUUUAAAAAUGUAAGAUUUUAUCUAAAAGUUACUGAGCUCCAUAUUCAGUGCAUAAACUGUAUUCAUUUUCUUUAGUAUCUUUAACAGAAUUUCAAGAUGUAAUGUUUACAAACUAGACUUACAGAAUAACCACUUAUUAUUUUUUUUUUAAUGUAACUGUGUGCAUGUGUGUAGGCAUGUCUUUGUCCCCAAAAUAAUAGGAACACAUGACAGUUAUGACUUUUGGGGACAAUUCAGUGCUGUGUGCUUUGAUUAAAAUAUUGGUUUUAGUCUCAAAUGAUAUUAAGAACAGUCUUCAGCAAAAUAAGUGUUAUUACAUGCUUCAUCAAGCUGUUCAAUGGUAUUCUGGCAACAAAAUAAGUGCCUUCACUGCCCUAUGCUCUAAUUUUUACAAGGUCAGCACCUUGCAGAGCCUAGUUACAACACACAGCUAAUCUUGGAGUUUUCCUGUGAUAAAUAAACUCUUCAAUUAAAACAUAACAAAUGAAAGAGUUAUAUUACUUACAGUAAUUAUUUCUCAGAAACAAAAUACAGUAAAUCAGAGUGAGAGGUAAGAUCAGAUAGAAAACUACAUUCAGACAUUUAGUAGAUGUUCAAAGCUCUUAGAAAUGGGUGUAAAAUGACCCUUUUAUAUUUUUUAUAUAAUUCAUAUUUAUAAUUAGCAGCUAAAGUCUGUAAGAAUGGAAUGGGUGUAAAUGAUAUCCCCUUUACUUACCAUGCUGUAAAUGAUAGGUGACAUUUUGAACACUUUAGGCUGAGGUCUAGAGCUGACUAAGACAUUGUGUCUUUUCCAAAAACAUAUCAUUUUUUAACACAUAUUUCAUUCAAUAAUAUUGACUAAUAUUACUCACUCGACUAAAUUAAAUAAAUUAAUAAUAAAUGAAUCCACUCUUGAGCCAGAGCCAAUGUUUAAAAAAAAAAUAUUUGGAAAGAAAAGAGAGGACAUCUGCUUUUCUGGAGAAAAUGCGAGCAUGUGGUGCAGAUUGUGCAAUUUUGGAACAAACUGUUCCUUAUUGAGGGGUUAAAUAGGUAACUAUCAUUCAGACAUAAAGUGAACCAUUUUAUAAUAAACACUACAUUUACAACAAACUUCUGUUUGCCAUUUCCUGACUAUUACAGGGAAGGGUUUAAAUAGAAAUAAAAUAGAAAAAUAUACCCUGCAAAAUAGAAAGCAGGGCUUUUCAUAAAAUCAGACUGAAAAACAAGGUUUUAAGUGAUAAUCAUCUUAUUUUUGGGCAAAAUCGUUGUUGCUUAAAAUAUGUAAUUGGGUUAUUUGGUAGAUUUUUUAUGUAUUAGGAUAUUUUAUGAAAGUAUGUUAAAAAUCCCACAGACAAAGCUAUAGAAAAUUGAAAUUAAAUCUCAGAUUGAUGCAUACCUCACAGGAUUAAACAAUAAAUUAUAAAUUCUCAUUUUAAUGUUAAAUACAGUGUGCUACUGUUUUAAGUGUUCAAGCCCAAAAAGUAACAUAUGUUCUCUUUUUCAGAUUUAUUUCUCAAAUGUGUGCUAUGUGAAUCAUGUUGCUCCUAUCGUGGUGCACGUAAUAAAUAAUUUAUCCACACACAGGAAACAAAAUUUAUUUAGCCUCAGAGUGUUCCAGUUAGCAAAACAACCAGGGGAUAUUUAUUCUGAAUUUGUCUGGUCAGGGCUUGAAAUGCAGGUAAGACAUAUAGCUGCAAAAAAAAAAAGAGAA